UUGGCUGGGAGCCGGUGCGCCCCCCCCUGGGAGCAACCGCCGCUUGGUCUGGGCUCGAACGGCGAUCGCUCCCAGAGGGAGGGGUUACGCCAGCCGGGGCCUUUAGCAACGCUCCCCGCCCGGGAGCGCGGGGGCGACGGGGGGAGAGGGUGCGAGCACACGGAAGAGCAGGGGCAAAGAAGCAGUGACCGCCCCCCCUGCCCCCCUCCGCGACUGCUGCCACCCUCUCUCGGCGGUAUGUGCUCACGUCGCCCUUGCUCGUGAGGCGUGGGCGAGCAGGAGCAGCGGGGCGCCCCCGCCGAGCGGCGGCGGCCGAGCGGGCGGUCGGAGGCCCCCCGCCCUCCCGUGGGUGCGGGGAGGCGGCCCUCGGAGAGCCUCGCAGCCAUGAGCCCUCCCGCCAUCCCGAAGGUCGCCAUCCCGCCGGAGAAGUGGACGCAGGCGCUGUACUCCACGCCCGAGAGCUGCCUGGCGCAGUCGGAGCCGGCGAAGCUGCCCGCCAUGCAGUUCGACCCCUCCUUCUGGAGCAAGGCGUACGUGCAGUGCAUCGGACGGGGCAACUCGCACAAGGCCUGCGUGGACAGCCUGCCGGACGACACGCGCAUCACCCCGCCAGGGCCCCUCGGGGGCGAGGCCGCCUCCAAGGAGCUCGCCGCCACGAUAGCCUGCGUGCGCGAGCAUGGGGGCACCGAGAAGUGCACCGCACAUUUCGAGGC